AUGGCGGCGCUCGUCUGCAUAGUCGUGUCGGCGAAAGACACCAAUGUAAGAAACCAAGCCAGACUAAAAGAUGGUCUGAAAGAGGCUUUCAAGAAAAGUAUGAAACCAGUGGUUGAUCUUGUGAACAAACGUUUCUCACAAAUGAGCUUGAAAGGAAACCCUGUUAAAACUUUGAAAGGGGUAUCAGAUGAAGAGAUCACAUCCAUCUUAGAUAUCACUGGUGUUGGCUUUGGAGCAGAUAGUCCAGUAGCCACAGCUGACACAAAAAGCGCUGAAUUAAAGACAAGCAAACAUCUGCAGGAGGCAUGCAGAAUCAAGCCACUACUGCUUCCAGUGUUAAAGAAGUGUUCAUCCGAUGAAUGUGGCUACUGCUCAGUCAACCCAGUCCGAGAUCAGGAUGUUUUUGACCGCCUCAGGUUCCUCCCUGAACCAAAGCCGGUCGAAAAUGGUGAACACUACCUACCAUUCAGUGAGUUGUUUGGGAAAGCCCUGACCCGUGACAAGUACAGACCCUCAACCAGACCAUGUGGAACCUAUGAUGAGGAAUUACAAAAUCAUGAUAAAGAGAAUCGAGAAAUUUUGAGGAAUGAGAAGCUUCGAGAUGCUGUCCUUUGCGGAGAAUGUAGCAGGCCAAGAUGUGUCUUCAGUCCAAACAAGCUUGACCGACAACAGGAGGAAUUCUUGCGGAACAUUAAGGCAUGCCAUUCGUACAUCUGUGGAGAUCAGUUGGAAGAUGCACCUGACCUGUAUGUUCGGAGAUGCGUGACCUGCAGCUCUGAGGUGGAAACAGCUUAUUACUCAGCCAAGUGUCGGCAUUACCUACCACCAGUGUGCAUCCACUGUGGAACUCCUGACAGUCUGUUAGAUGACAACGAUGCAUAUGUUGCAGAUUUGUAUACAAAAUAUUCCAUAGUCAGGCCAAUUUGUGUGUCUUGUCGACAUUCUGGAAAAGAGGCAAAAACAUGGGGCGCCAAGAAGUUUGUAAAAAAACAAAAAGUCAAGUGAACUCAUUCAAGCCUUCAAACGUUCCUACUUUGAUUUGGUUUGUAAAUGAGACCAAAGCAAAAGUAUGUGUUUAUAAUGACCAUCAUCAUCAUGUUUAUAAAUGUUAACAUGUUGUGAUUGAAAAUGAAAAAUCAUGGAUUGGAAUAAAGAGCAAAUGCUUUAACUUUAAAAAAUAUUAGUGUUUCGUAUUUGCCAGUUUAAUUUCUAUUUCUACAGAUUUUAAUUGUUUUGUGUUAAGAUUAAGGUUGAUACUAGUCAUUUGUGAUUGCACUUUGUUUUAUUGUAAAUUGAUGUGUUUUUUAAAUAGUCACGCUAAAUAUUGUUCUACUACUAUUGUUCUAAAUAUAUAUUAUAGUACAAGUCAUUUAAUAAGUAUACUAGAACUGAUACUAGUCUUUUUAUGCCCCCAGUAGGGUGGCAUAUAGCAGUUGAUCUGUCCGUCUGUCAGUCCGAAAACUUUAACAUUGGCCAUACUUUUUACAAUAUUGAAGAUAGCAACUUGAUAUUUGGCAUGCAUGUGUAUCUCAUGGAGCUGCACAUUUUGAGUGGUGAAAGGUCAAGUUCAUGUAAAUUUUUUUAUAUAUUUUCAAAGUGGCGCAGUAGGGGGCAUUGUGUUUCUGACAAACACAUCUCUUGUUUGGCACUCAAAUUAGACAAAUAUAUGUCACUGUGCUAUGUUAAAAUAAAGGGCUCCUACUAAUUACAUCUAUAAAUAGUUUUGAUUAAAAGGCAUGUGUUUUAUAUUAAAAUAAAAAACUUUAACUAUCCAUUUCUUAUUGUUCUUUCAUUAGGAAGUUAUGUUUUUUUUUACUUUACAAAACUUAAACUUCUCAUUUCUAAUUUUUACAUUGCUAAUCUAACCAAAGUAAUGCAUUUGAGUAUUAUGUAUACUACUAUAACCUAUGAUAUUUAGAACUAAUACAGAUUCAAGAUAUUUCUUAUGCUUGAUGUUUAGCAUAUUAAUUAUUGUCAUGUUAUUUAACUUUCAUUGACAGAAGACUGAGCUCCUUAUAUAACUUUGCUAGUGAAAAGUACAGUGUACCAUGUUAACAUUAAGUAGUCACUACCUGUUGUGAAUAAGCAGGAUAACUAUUCGAGAAUAUUUUGUUUAUCAUACUUUUACAAACAUUGGACUAGAGUUAAACAUAGUUAGUACUACUAAAUGACUUUGUGUUUGUAUUUUGAAGAUAUCAUGCAUUUAUUUGGCAACAAAUAUCAAUUUACAGAGACA